AUGUUUGGUUCAUCAUUAGUUUCAUAUUUACCAGGAAAAAUGUGGCGUUUUUUACCAAUAUUUGAUCCAUUUGUUGAUUUUUAUCUUUCACGUGACCUCGAUUCACCUAUGAUGAAGCGUGAAACCGAAACAAUUGAUAUGUGGCUAUCUGAUAAACGGAGAAAAUAUUUCUUUUAUAUUGCACGUGAUAAUAAACAACACAAUAUAGUUAUGUUAGGUGGACUUUGGGGUGCCUCUCCUGCACGUGCUCGUCGUUAUUUAUUUCAUAUUUUUCAACCGAUGCUCGUACCAUCAAUUGCUCGACAAUAUAAAGGUGCGGGUGAUCAAUUAUUUCUUUCGGACAAUAUUUGGCAACAUGUUAAAACACGUGCAUUGAUUUUCGAUAGUUAUAAUUGUGAUACAUUGGGUGGUCAGCCAUUUCUUUCUCAACGACCAGUGCCUGAUAAUUGUUUUCUUGGAUGUAUAAGGCCAUGUUGUAUUAAUACAACUUCUAGUGGUUCUCUGAAUCCAAACAAUAUUUGUCCACCAGCUUGUCGACCAAAAGAUCAUCAAGAUUGGAUUUAUUGUUAA